AUGUCACGAUCAGGUAUCAAAAGGAAACAGCCACCGGGCGAAUCGCCCGACGAGGCUCAGCUUCGAUUAAUGCAGCAGGCUGCAAGUGCUGAGCAGUAUGCAAAUGCACCCCACCAUCUUUCUGCACAAGCGACAGGCCAAUUCACUCCACAUCAAGGCUCAAUAUCGUCACAAUCAUCUGGUUUUCGACACGACUCUUACGCCUCCUCGGCUGGGCCCUCAGUAGGAGACGGCAGCUACACGAGCAUAGAGCAGUCCCCCGGCGGCGUUUCUCCUAACUCUGAUACGCAACAUUAUCAACUCAAUAAUCAAGAUUCUCAAUAUUCCACUAUUCAAAUGAGUGCGCAGAACGCCCGUUCAGGCCCCUACCCGCAACAACCGUCCGACAAUCGCAGUACGCCAACACAAAAGUCGCAGGAUAGUUCAAGAAAGCAAAGCGCGAACCUACAAGCCCCAUACCAGUGUGAAUGCUGUUUGAAGAAACCAAAGAAAUUUCAAACUUUAGAAGAAUUGAAUCAACAUCAAGGCGAAAAGCAAUACUCCUGUUUGUAUUGCAAGAAUAAAUUCAAGAACAAGAACGAAGCCGAGCGUCACCAGAACUCCAUCCAUCGACGAGACAGUUCUUGGUCAUGCGCUGCACUUGCGGAUGACUUUGUUACUGCCUUCUUUCCCAACAAUGCCCCACCUUCAGGGACGAGUCCAAUCCAACAGCAGGCUCCCCAGACCUCCAAUGGCGUUGCGGCUUGUGAUAUCUGCGGAUACUGCGGCGAGGAGUUCACGAACGAGCCGCAACCAGAUUGGGAAAAGCGGCAUCAACAUCUUAUUACACAACAUAAAUUCGGUGACUGCAAUCGGUCGAAGAAGUUCUAUCGCGCGGACCAUUUUCGUCAGCACCUGAAGCAUAGUCAUGGCGGUAAAAGCGGAAAACAUACAAAUGCAUUAGAACAGGCUUGCUUACGGAAUGAGGCUCCCCAAUUAUCGAGUGACAAUAGCCAGUCCAACACCCCUCCACAGCCACCGGGAGGUGCUCCAAUUGCACACAUGGGCAGCUUAGCGACGCCUAUGGGUCACCAUGGGAUUUCCCAGCAUGAUCUGAAUCAAGCGCAGCUACAGCAGCAGAUGAAUGUACCUCCGGGGAGCAUGGGACCACCACAAAUGGUCCCGCAAUUCGACGCGAGCAAGAUUGAUCCUUCCAUAGGGUACAUGACAGCACCCCAUCAUCAUCAACAACACGCAUUGCAUAUACAAGGGGCCGGGAGCGGUGGUUACGGAAUGUCUAACGAAUCUUCUUAA